ACCGUCCUGGGAAAUUGUUGUAAACAAAAGCUUGUAAAUAAGCGAAGAGAGACGAAGAAGAAGAAGAAAGAGAGAGAACUAAAAUCUCGGAAAAAGUAGAGAGAAAGAGACAAGAUAGCAUUCUGAUUCAUGUGAUUUUGCCUUUCCUUCGAUUUUGCUCUCGUGCUUCUCUGCGCCUGUCGUUUUCUGGAUUGGUUUGUGAUCGUUCUUGUAUUUUUGGGUUUCUGAGUGUUGAUUGGUUAUAAAGCCUCGAACUUUCCCGGAAACUGGAUCUGGGUUUGCUCGUUUCUACACUCGCCUUGGAAAAAAAUGAUGAAUCUUUACGCGAAAGACAGGAUGAUUCUCUCUGUUCUCUUAUUCGUCGUCGUUUUGAUUUGCAACGCUUCUACUUCGUCUUCAGCAUCUGAAGCAAUCACAAUAAAGCCAAGACAUUUAUCUUUACUAAAGAGUGCUUUACAACGGCCAAGUGGAGAACAGUCUGAGCUAUGGAGGCCAAUGACUGAUCAAGGAUGGAGUCCAUGUCUUGAUUUAGGAAACUCCCCUUCAUUACCGGAUAAAACCGAGGGCUACAUUCAGGUGUUUCUCGAUGGAGGACUUAACCAGCAACGAAUGGGGAUAUGCGAUGCAGUUGCUGUUGCCAAGAUCUUAAACGCAACUCUCGUGAUCCCUUAUCUUGAAGUGAAUCCUGUUUGGCAAGACUCAAGCUCUUUUGUUGAUAUCUUCGAUGUGGAUCAUUUCAUCAAUACCUUAAAGGAUGACAUAAGAAUAGUUAGAGAACUACCUGAGGAACUCUCUUGGAGCACAAGAGAGUAUUACGGCACCGCUAUCCGUGAAACCCGAGUCAAAACCGCUCCUGUUCAUGCCUCUGCGAAAUGGUAUAGAGAGAAUGUCUCACCGGUUCUUCAAAGUUUUGGGAUAGCUGCUAUUUCUCCGUUCUCUCAUCGUCUAUCGUUCGACCACUUACCUGCUGAGAUUCAACGUCUAAGAUGCAAAGUUAACUUCCAAGCGUUACGCUUUGUCCCUCACAUUACAUCGCUUGGCGACGCUCUUGUGAGCCGUCUUAGAAACCCGUUGUGGAGAAGCAGCAAGGAUAGAAAGAAUGUGGAUCAUUUAGGGGACAUGACAAACUCUCACAGAAGACAGGAGCCUGGGAAGUUCGCUGUUCUUCAUCUUCGCUUCGACAAGGACAUGGCUGCACAUUCAGCGUGUGAUUUUGGUGGAGGCAAAGCGGAGAAACUUGCAUUGGCCAAAUAUAGGCAAAUGAUAUGGCAAGGAAGAGUGUUGAACUCUCAGUUCACAGACGAAGAGCUGAGAAGUCAAGGACGGUGUCCGUUAACACCAGAAGAGAUGGGACUUCUUCUAGCUGCUUUCGGUUUCGACAACAAUACUCGUCUCUAUCUCGCGUCCCACAAGGUGUAUGGAGGAGAAGCUAGAAUCUCAGCACUGAGACAAGUGUUCCCAAGAAUGGAAGACAAAAGAAGUCUUGCUUCUUCUGCAGAACGAGCUCGUAUCAAAGGCAAAGCUUCUUUACUAGCUGCACUCGAUUACUACGUAAGCAUGCACAGCGACAUUUUCAUCUCUGCGUCGCCUGGAAACAUGCACAACGCUCUUGUGGGUCAUCGAACGUUCGAGAAUCUCAAGACGAUUAGACCAAACAUGGCUUUGAUAGGACAGCUUUUCCUGAACAAAAGCAUCACGUGGGUCGAUUUCCAACAGGCGCUUGGUGAAGGGCACGUGAACAGACAAGGACAGAUCCGGUUAAGGAAGCCGAAACAGUCGAUUUAUACUUAUCCGGCUCCUGAUUGUAUGUGCCAUGUCUGAUUAGACCCAAGUCCUUUAGAUUGUUUUCUGAUAAUAAAAAGCUCGGUUCUUGAUGAGAGGCUGGUUUGGUUCUGUUUGAGGCUUAAUAAAAAUAGUUAUAUUAUGAUUAGAAA